CUUCCAACAUGGCGCACGCAGGCGGCAGAGGCUCCGCGGGCCAGGGAUUCAGCGGCUCCCGCUGGGGUCGUUCGGGUUCCAGGGGCCAGGAGAAGCUGCCGGUGCACGUGGAGGACACUCUCACGUACCUCGACCAAGUGAAGAUCCGCUUUGGCAGCGACCCUGCCACCUACAAUGGCUUCCUGGAGAUCAUGAAGGAGUUCAAAAGCCAAAGCAUCUACACCCCUGGCGUGAUCAGACGUGUAUCCCAGCUUUUCCAUGAGCACCCUGACCUCAUUGUGGGGUUUAAUGCUUUCCUCCCACUCGGGUACCGCAUUGACAUUCCCAAGAACGACAAGUUGAACAUGCAGUCGCCUCUGAGCAGCCAGGAGAACUCCCACAGCCAUGGUGACUGUGGCGAGGACUUGAAGCACAUGUCCUACAAGGAGGACAGAGGCCGAGUGCCCCUCGAGUCAGACUCUGUGGAAUUCAACAAUGCCAUCAGCUAUGUGAACAAGAUCAAGACCCGCUUUCUGGACCACCUUGAGAUCUACAGGUCCUUCCUGGAGAUCCUCCACACCUACCAGAAGGAACAGCUGCACACUAAGGGUCGCCCGUUUCGUGGCAUGUCUGAGGAGGAGGUCUUCACAGGGGUGGCUGAUCUCUUCCGUGGUCAGGAAGACCUGCUGUCGGAGUUCGGACAGUUCUUGCCUGAGGCAAAGAGGUCCCUGUUCACAGGCAAUGGGCCCUGCGACAGCGUACAGAAGAGUAAGGAGAAGAGUCUGGAACACAGCGAGAAGCGCUCGAGGCCUUCACUCCUGCGCCCUGUGUCUGCACCAGCCAAGGUGGGGCUGCAGUUGAAAUGUGCAGUUGUAUGGUUUGGUUACUGCACAAAUGAGGAGUGAAGGUGGCUGGCAGCAGUUCCUGUCCUGCACAUCGCCCCACGAUGGUGGAUCUAGUUCUGUCACUGUGUGUUUUCUAGUUGACUUUCUAUAGUAAUAAAGUUUUUUGGCA